GAGGUUUAGUCCUGCUUGGGGUAGGACAACGAGCUGGGAGAAAGAGGGAGUUUUUUUCACUUGGAAAACAAGCAAGUAGAAUGACUUAGAGUGGUCUCUUUGUUUUCCCCGAGUUGCAUCUCUUGUUUUUUAUGGGAUAAUACUGAUCACGUUCACGACGACUCAUCUUGUCAGUCGAAGUAAUCCAAAUCCUAAAGCAAACGAAAUAUUAUGGUAGUGGUAGACACCUACUACCUAGAUUUAUGCCGUGAUGAUUAUUUAGGUCCAUAGGACGGCCAAAUUUGCCAAAUUGUUUCACGAUACCACGAUCAACGAAUGAAAAGAGUAGGUAAGAAUAGUUGAGAAGAUCGAGUGAGUAGAAUAUAGCGGAUGUGAGUAGAAUAAAGCGGAUCUGUAUCAUUCAAUACAUGUGAUCGGGCAGCUGGAGGUGCGGAUACCGAGUGACGAAAACGAGGAAACAGUUUACGAGUACACACCAACAACAUAUUAAGCUCUAUCAACGAUUAUCUUCAUAGUAGCCCCGAGUGGAUACUUUGUCUCAUUUUUUUUGUCGAAUAAAGAGCAUCGAAGCUUGCAUUUAAAGUAAGUGUUGUACACUGAUCAUUCUUCUAGAAAACGUCAUGAGAGAGAUGAUAGUGUCAUGAUUUUACAUGCUGCAGGAGCUUUUUUGCGCAGAUGUUGGAGUUCGGGAUAUUCAACCGCACACAGUCACAGUGUCCCAAUAGUGUCAUAGCUGUACCCUAGUGCUAGGGUCGACAGACGUUUCGCCUGAUUUUUUUCGAUUGGAAGGAAUUUUGUACAGAUGACAAGUAAUAUUUGGUGAAUAGUUUUUUAAUGGAAUUCAGUUAAAGUGGUAGUUCUAGUGAUUUUAGUCGAUUCUGAUCCGAAUUAGUACUACUAGUCGAAAGUUUAAGUGUAUCAUUUUUUUGCGCACUAAGAUCAUUAAGACGCACACAAUCUCCAUUUUGUCAUGCAAGAGGACCAGAUGCGUUUUCAGCACUCAGUUUUUAGUCGUUUAAAGUAAGUACUAGCUUUUUUAAAGUAUUUUGAAUGAGCAUCAGCAUAAAAAGUUAAUACCCGUUGGCAGUCGUGUAUACAAGCAUCUGUCGCAGAGGCAGAAUCUAUCAUCAAUAAUCUUUACCUUAAAAAAGUUUGCCUAUCACUUCUAUCAUGGAUGUAUUUUUUGAUUUGUUGGAGAUGGAUUCUCCGGAUUCUGCACUUUCCCAUGACGAUGAGCUCUUUCGCGCGAAGAGGCGACGCAUGCAUCCGGAUCCUGUAGCCUUACAGAUUUCACAGGAAGAGCGAAACUUGGCAUGCGAAGCUCCGGAGGGAGAGACGAAUAUUUUCACGUCCCCCAGUCAACGUGACCGUAAAAAGGCGUCUUCUUCAUCCUCUUCUUCAGUGCCAUCAUCAUCGUCAUCAUCGUCAUCAUCGUCUUCAUCAUCGUCGUCGUCGUCGUCUUCUUCAUCGGCUUCGUCGUCUUCUUCAUCGGCUUCGUCGUCUUCUUCAUCGGCUUCCUCGUCUUCUUCAUCGUCGUCGUCGUCUUCUUCAUCGGCAAAAGGGGAAUCUCAAAAAAAAGUGCCAUGUGAGAAGAGCGGUCGCAACACUUCUACUACAGGCGGUCAGAAGAUACAACUAGGAGAACAGACUGUGGUCAUGAGCCUCGGCGAACCGCAGAAGAGCGUGGCCUUCCGGCUUCAUGGCAACUUUUUAGCAGGUAGAAAUGACGAAGACAACUGCAUGCAGCCACGAUUAUCUUCACUGUCGCGACCUCCACAAACCUCUUCGAUCAUGUUGGAACGUGCUUCUAGCUCUUUCGGCGUUUUCCCGACGCCGUGCAAUACGCCUGCUAAGCCGGCAUUUGCGUUUCAGGGUCCCAGAGACCAAGAACCAUCUUUGGGUGCUGCGGCUGCUGAGGUACUAUAUUGGUUCUAAGAUCUGUUGACGGUUUGCUUCGUGAAAGUCGAAGACUUCCAACUCAGCUUAGCGAGUAACACAAUUUCAAGGAAUUCGAAUUUCUUGGUCUUCUAGUUGUAGAUUUGUCUGAUCAAAAUCAAAUGACCAUCAUCUUCUGCAGCUACUUCCAAAUAUUGCAAAACAGGUAGAAUUUAUAUAAGCAUGUAAUAUGAGAUAAAGGUUUGUUACUAGGCUUAGUCCCGUAUGAUUUUUCACCAGGAAGCACGAGCAUGAAAGACAGACCUGUGCCUUGAACGAGCGAUUUUGAGAGAGAGGGAGAGAAAGAGAGAGAGAGAGUGAGAGGGAUGUUUUUCUUCCAAAGGUAGACUCUGUUGAAAAUUUUGACUGAGCGGGCACCUCUAGGAUAACAGAUCUGUAGGAAGACAAGGAAUGUCUGUAAAUGGUCGUCUCCUCCGGACGACGUUAAGAGCGAGCGCUCUUUCCUGUAAUUCCCAAUUGUGAGAAGGUAAAUUUUUUUGUUACUCAUGAUUGAUUCCGUGGAUCUGUGAGUCUGAGAUGCUGCGUUAUCUGUUGCAGAGAUAUUGUACAGUUCUGACACGAGAGUUGUCCUCACAUACUGCUUGCAAAAGGUUUGUUUCGUAUCUGUGCACCGACCCGUGGUGCUCGUUUCUUUGAUCAAGAUUCUGUUCCUUGUGAGGCAAACGGUGUUCCACCUGCUUUUUUUGAUGAGAGAGAGAGAGAAGAGCUCCGUCAGAAGCCUCGUCUGAGGAAAGAGACACCUAGUUUCAUGUUUGAGGAGAGAGUUUGUUUUCCUGCUUGGCUUCCUGGAUGUAUGAUGUAAUUACUUCUUUGUAGAUAUCUUCGUUAAUAUCGUCUUCGAUUCUUGCUAGUCGAAUACAGUGUCUUGCACAUCAUGAAGUCGGUUGAAAAAUAUUCACCUAAAGAUCGCAUAGCCUAACCUAUAAAGCAUCUCGGUAGGAGGUGUGAGGAUCGAAGGACAAGGAUUUUGUCGUUCUUACCCCAAAUCCCCACAGGUCAUUGUCUGGUCAAUUCGUUGCCCUGACGCAGUGCGCCUUGUCUUUUCCACUUUCUUGUUUUGUUCUAAUCGUAUUUAGUGAGUAAUUGAGUGAUUUAUUAGGUUCAUCCUCUGUACUUUUUCUAGAAGUGUGCAAAACGAAGGUUAUAAUGUAGUCGAUAUUUUGGAUCAGAUCAACAUAAAUACUUCACACAGAUUAUUUACGAUUUUUAGGGUUAGUGUAGGUGUCGUUUUUUUUCAACAUGCUUGAGGGUACUAGGUAGUGCGGCAAUCUUGUUCAACAUUGACAUACUAUCACAUUCGCAUAACGAAAACUUAGCUUGUAAGAACAACGUGUAAAAAUCGUUCUCGUGGGUAAAACGACAUCGUCGCGAUCGCAAUCGAUGUUAUGGCAGUAACUAGAACUACAGAAAAGUAAUUCCUUCGUGUUCGACUUUAUAUCGUUAUCGGCACUCUCUCGUGGAAGUCGAAUUAUACAAAACAAGUAAGCAUUGGGUCUUCUUGGCUAUGUUGCAGUAAUUACCCAUUGGCUACAACAUUCAUAAUUUGAGAUAAUUAAGGACAAAAUAGACAUCGAUAUCGAAGGAGGAUUUCUUUGUUAAUAUCAACGACUACUGCAGACUCAAAUCAAUAGGAAAAACCGAAUUCAUUGCGCGCCUCCUCAUAGUGACUUAUGAUCAACUUGCUUAUCACGUUGUCUAGGUAGAUAAUUUUUCGAGAACGUCUAGCAUUUUCAUUAGAAUUUUUCCGUAGAUUAAAGUUAAGGAGUAUAAUCGCGAACAAGAUUUUCAUUGAAAGUAAAAAAAGAGUUUUGGUAUCCCCAUAACUUCCAUCCUGCUCCGCAUAUCCUGUAAGAUAGCCCUUACGACGUAGAUUGAUUCUCUGUACUAACUAACGAAAAAGGAUACCAAGAGUUGAAGUCAUCAUUCGUAGAAACAACAUCGAUCAUUGGUUGAGAAGUAAUCCUAGACGUAGUAAAAAGUAGUAGUUUUUCAAUACCACAUUCAUUACUGUAUCUAGUAUCUAUCACUACCCGUACUAGCACUACCUACAACUCAACAGUCGUAUCUAUCAUACCGACUGUGGAAAAUUAUUUUUCUUCCUCCAUAGGGCGUGGAGGAACUCGCAGUACGAUCACGGUUGUUUCUCUUCGAACCUGCUGACGAGGACGAUUUGGCAACUCCAGAUCAGAAGAAGAAGAACGCCUCUUCUUCUACCAAUUCCGUUAGUGCUGGUAAGCUUUGCGCGCAAGCGGAAAUUACCGACAGCAAGACUCGUCCUAAGCGAACUAGUGGCAUCUACUUCCAGUUACACGAGGAUCUGCGAUCAGGAGCAGUGACUACGACGGUCGUGGACUUUCCUGAUACUACAGUUUCCUGUGGUGCUUCUGGCGAGGAGGCACUAAACAAAGUAGUCUCAACGUCUACGUCGUGUAGUACUAGAGCGGCCUCUAGUACUUGCAGUAGCAGUGUAGUAAGUGCUUUUAUUGGAGAUACUUCACGACUUCAGAGUUGCUCUUCGUCGUCGCUUACAACUGCAGGCCCUCCGCUGGACUUCGAUAAGAUCGUUGAGACUGUUGUACUAUCGUCCACGAAGACGAAGACAUCUACUUCUUCAUCGGGAAAAGAAAAUAAAGGAGCUAUACUAGUAGAAGCUACUUCUUCGUUAAAAGUACUAGAGCAGGAGGAAGACGAAGAGAUGUCGACGCCUUUGCCGAUCUUGCGACCCCCACCGCGGGUUCCUCGCAACCGAUCGGAGAGUCUCAGUGCAGGAAGCGGCAGCAUCGACAACGGGAAUGGGCAGGACAGUAUCAUUAAGGCUGGAUUUUUAUAUAUACCCGAAAUACUGAUCUUAGAAAGUCCUAGGUUCAUCUUAUUAUAUAUCUUGAGUUUCAGUUUCUUUCAGAAGGGCAACGAACAUCUUUGAUGACAUCAUGCUUCCUUUCUUAAGGGGGAAAAAUUAAAAUAGGUGGAAGAGGCGCUCCAAGAUGAAUAUCGGUAUAAGGUCUAAUAUCAGCACAGGCGCAGACGGAGGCUCCAGCCCUCCUGGAGAGAAAGGUACCUCAUCUAGUCCGUCGACGCACCAUCUGGGAGACGCGUCGUCGAAAGACGCAUCGACACCAGGGAAUCCCUUUUCUGGUGCUGAAGUUAAGGCUUGCCAAAUUCAUCCAAUUGAUUCCAAAGACCCAUCUUAUAUAUUUGACACUCUUACAAAGUUUGUGAGAUGAAAAAGGUCAAAGAUGUGCUUGAAGAUGAAUUUGGGUAAGGUCUAAUGAGGGUGGUGGAAGUACUAGUCUCGCGAACAUGCUCGCUUCAUCAGACUACGCUGGUGGGAUUUUAGAUUUUUCCAGUACGUCGGGUGGUGCAGCCGACAAAUCCAUUGAGCUCCGAAAGGGUUUGCACUCCUUUUCUUCGUCGGAGAAUGGCGAUCACAAGACGGGGUUGGAGGCAACAUCCAGUGACAAAACGGACCGCCGCACUCUGGCGAGCACCGCUACGCGGUAUCCGAGUGAGGGAGACGCUCCCCCACUGCAGGCAGAAAGGAGCGGAGCAAGCUCAGUGGAUGGCGGAGAGCCAAAAGUGCCUUUGUCGUGUGGGUCUUCUGCCUCAGAUGAUAAUGCAGCAAACAACGCUACUGUUGUACGACCGACACCUCAAGCCCGCGGAGUCCUCAAUCCGUUCGACACCUCGCGGACACCAGCGUCGCCGACUGUCAACACCGUCCCGGGACCCAAGGUGCUCAUCGGCCGCACCAAGGAGGGACCGCUGCACAGCUCGACCAACACUCUCCGUACUACGUGGAGACACGGGGACUUCUACGAGGACAACGGACCCAGCCGCGUGAUGUCGUACUUCAACGAUUGGAGCCCUUGGGGAGAGGACGACGGCAGCUGGAGCAUGGAGAAGGGAGGUGGAGGUUCUUCACUAGAUGGUAGUAUUACUAAGGGCGGUCCAGGAGCAGGCAAGAUGAAAGGCUCCGCUGGUAAGAACGGCUAUGGUGCGGCCGACUACUGGUCCGCGGGUAAGAAAGGCGCAGCUUUUUGGGGAGGCGAGUACAGCAAAGGAGGCAAGAUGAGUAGUCUUCACGACAUGCUCUCAAUGGGCGGCGCAGGAGGUGAGCACGUUUCAGGCAAGGGCAGCUCCUUAGAGAUGAUGCUGCGGAAACAGGAGAUGAUGAAGGGAGAGAUGAUGAAAGCGAAAGGCAAAUCAGGAUACCACGUGAUGCACGGAGGCAUGCUGAAGGGAGGUAAGCAUGACAGCAAGGGACGACCAUCACCAACUGCGGCUGCUCAAGGCAAAGGAAGCGUGCGCGCUUGGCCAAAAGGAACGCCUCAGGCCGAGGAACAGACUAAAGUUGAGGCACAGGAUACUGUUGGUUCAUCUCCGCCACACUUUGUUGUUUGUUGUCAGAGUAGUUCAAUUUCUAUUUGCUUCCUACCUUGGGGGAAUCUGAAACCACUAAGGCUGUAACCUCCUUAGAAGAUGAAAAAUUCGCAACUUCUUUAUAGAAAAUGAAGAAUUAUGAUCAUGGUCUCCUCUAAUAAGGGUGGCGCACCAGGACAACAUCAAUUGGAGGCCUUGCUUGCAGCAGCACAUCAGUUGCCUCCGCAGCACCGAGGCCAAGUUCAGAAUGCGCUUGUUGGCCUCAUUCAAGGACAAGGGCAAAACGGCACCUCAAACUCUGCAGGUGGAAAUGUCCAAAGUGCUGCCGUAGAUCAGCUUCUGGCUGAAUUGAACGUCGUAGGUGAACAGGCCAUGCAAAAUGCCUUGCUGUCUAGCCUCAUGAACACCGGAGCAGGAGGUGGUAGUGCUGCUGCUGCUGCUGCGGCUGCUUCACAAUUCGCAUCUUCAGGAGCGCCUAACGAGGACAAUUGGUGGAGCUAUGUGAUGAACGGUUACGGAGCUUCUGCCUCAGCAUCCUCUGGAGGUCAACAACAACAUGGAGGAGGUCAGAUGAACUAUCUUCCUAGUAGUGCCUCAUCGGGCCAUCCAAGCAGCGUGCCAUCGUCCGCAACAGUUGGACCCGAGUCAUCCGGAUUCGGGGAUUUGGAUUGGCUUCUCGGAAGUUCGCAGACGUCCCACUACAGUGCCACAACUAGCGGAGACGAUCUCAUUGCCCAGCUGACCUCUAAGCAGGGAGGUGACUACAGCAACAGCAGAAGUGGUGCUGCUGGAGGUGGCUCAGGAACCUAUCCGUGGUUAUCAGAACAACUAGCUGCUGCGGAGUAUGCUUCUCAUGGAGGUUCCUCGAAAUAUAGCAACAAUAACAACAACCAACAAGUAGGAGGCAAUCACAUGGGAGCUUGGACAUCACCCUACAUGCGAAAUAAAGCACUACAGGCACAACCAGCCCUACUCAUGAAGAGGCGGGAAUAUGAGGCGGAGCAAAGGGAACUUGCAGCAUCUGUUUCAGUGCCAGAGCCGUGGACAAAAGGUAAUAUAUACUUUGUAGUUCCUUUUCUAUAUAGAUCAGAUAAAUUUACGAUUUAUUACCAUCACAUUUACAUUUUUUUACUACAUACAAAAAUCCUAUAACCAACGCUAUAACUACCCUCACCCUGCUAGCCCUGCUUAACCCUGUAAAAACCCUUUACGCAGGUGAACAAGGCAAUGGGGGUAGAUCACGACGUGGUAACGCAAAUGAGGAGUUUGACGCCAGUGCAUACUACGGGAAGCGCCCACCUGUGUAUGAGCAUGGCAUGCGACACAGUAAGAUGCAGAAGACAGAUGGUUAACGGCUUACUGUCCGAUGUCUUUGGAGGGUAAUGUCCGUCGUCUUAUCGUCUUAUUGCUCUCCACCGGAGGUGGCAGCAAGAGACAGAAGAGGACGAGAGGAGGUUUGCCUUUGACUUGGUUAGGUACUAGUUGUGCUACCAGAAUUAUUACUUAGAAGAUCACCCUUAAAUAAUGAUUAUAUUUUUUUAGAAUUAGACUGAGGACCACGAAGAACAACCCUAGGUAUUGUCGUGAUGCACCAUGGCAUCUAUCAAAGUAUUUAGGGCAUCGCCACUUCCCGAAAAUGAACAAGAUCGUAUCGUUGUACACAGACUGAUAAAAAUGAACAAAUGAUGAAAAGAAACCAAUAAACUCUCAAUAAAAGGAAAAUGUUACAGACUAACACUAAAACGCAUCUUAUUGUCAUAUAUGAAUGAGCUAAUGAAUCUAACGUUGCUGUGACAUGAUUGUAACAGAGGAGCCGCAGAACCAGUUGAGACUGGCUACGCGAAAAUUACUUUUAUUAGUCUUGUGAGAUUUAAUAUAGCAGGGGGCAGGCACAAGCAGGGAGGACAGAAAUUCCGAUGCAGAGAAAUCUCACAGUGUGUAGAUCAAGAGACUAAGGCAACAAUGAAGAGAAUAUCUUCACAAAAACUUAUCUUGAUUGUUGAGAAUUUCUGAUUCUGACUAUGGGCUACCUAUGAUUCUAACUAAAAACAAAUGAACAACGUCAAAUGUUAAACGCUUACUACGACAUGAUCAUGACCCUUAUUUGCAAUAUCAAACAGGAGCAUGAUUGGUCUAUCUAGACUUCAGAGAAUUCAGUCAUAUUAUAUGCUUGAGCAUGGAAUGAAGUGUAGUGUAGUUCUUCUUGAGAAAGGGGAAAGCAUAGAUGAUAUCCUCUUCAAAAACGGUAUACACGAGCUUUUCAAACCAUGUAAUUGCAUAUUUUGUAUCUUACUGUCUAAUGUGUAGUUUAUCCGGUUAUUAAACUGCGAGAAGAGUGGACCACGACAUGUUGUUUUGUGUCUCGUGUUGGUUGUGUCUUGUGUUGGAUCUAAGAGAUUUUUUAAUCUAGCAGGUGCUUCUUUUUCUUUUUCCGGCGGCGCCAGGAAUAGGAAAACGUACCUAGGAGCAGCUAGAACUACUCAAGAGCGAUGAACUUAUAAUAUUUAUAGAUCCCUCAACGAAGACGAACUUAAUCUUAAUAUAGAUACUUCUCAACUACAUUUGUCAGUCCGGAAAUCAAAAUGCAGAGCAUGAAAGUAAUUCAAGUCCAUGAGAUUGCAACUUGCGCCAAUCUACAAUUUUUAGAGGCUUCCACCAUCUUCUUGUCAUAUUUCAGCACUUCUCUUCGUCAUACAUUCUGAUUCUUCUUGCACCGCUUUCCAACGCGGCCGGGAAUGCUUCAAGUUAAAAAGAAUAAGAAGACUUCUAGUACUCUACUCCAUUUCCUCCAUGGCUGAAAUUCAAAAAAAAUCCGUUGAAAAAAGUCUAGUACAACUACAAUUAGGUCAAAUGCAAACCGACUAACGCUAACGUCAUCAUUCUACGUUACUACUAGUACUAGUAAAACGAUCCCGGGAUUGGGAAUAAGAAAAACAUACUAGUAGAGUGAGCAGCAACAAGAUUUCUUCACUCUGACAGAGGUGAAACAAAUGCCACGCCAUUUCCCCACCAUGGGGUAUGGGCCUAGAUAAGACGGGUCUUAGGUGUUUAAUUGAGAGAAAAGCGAGGGAAUGUCGAGUUGGAAGAGAGCCCUCCUUUAGGGAAACACAAAGGAAGAUAAACAUGUCCAGGUUCACAGUGUGUCUCAGGUAGCUGAGAAAACGAUAAUGAAAAGCAUGGGAAUCAAUUUUUAAUGUUGAACGUCGUGAAACGAA